UUGAACGAUUGACCAGCCAGUGAUUUCAUUGACGUCGCUUUGGGAUGAUCAUGUUAAGACAGUCAUUGUUACUUUGUUGUAUCUUAAUAGGGUUCGCAACGGCAUCAAAACCGUUGUCAAUUUUAAUAGUACAGCCUCUCAAGUCAACCAGUCAUCAUCUAUGGGUGGUGCCCUUGUUGAAGGGCCUCCUCCAUAAGGGUCAUCACGUACACAUAGUGAGCAUUCAUGACGUCAAAAUUGAAGAUGAACUGGGGCAGAAUUUAACAUCCGUCGUUUUCGAUGAUAUCAUGAGUAAAUUGUCUGAGGGUUACAAUCCAAAUCAAUGGAGAGAGUUUAAUUCAUUCCAAAUGAUACAAUUUGUAUUUAAAUGGGGAAUUGAAACGUGUGAGGAAGUAAUACAAACAAAAGCAGCGAGAGAACUUUUGGAAACUGUAAAGAAUGUUGCAUUCGAUGUCAUUGUGCAAGACGUCACAUUUAAUCAAUGUCUUUACGGACUGUGGGAGGUCGCAAAAGGUAAGCCGCCCGUAGUGGGUUUUAUUCCAUUCAGCUCUCCACCGUGGUUCAAGGAUUCUGUUGGUGGUCCUAAUUAUCCUACGUUGCGAUCUCACUACGGCACAGACAUGGCGGGUCCGAAAGAUUUUUCGCAAAGACUGUGGAAUACCGUUAAUUAUAUCUUCGAUGAUCUGUUCCGAACCUAUAGUUAUAUGCCCAAAAGUCAACAGCUCGCUGAACGCUAUGUUGGUCACGAAAUAAGACCGUUACACGAGAUAGAAAAAGAUAUCAGUAUCUUACUGCUGAAUUCUCACUUUUCAUUCGAGCCUGCAAUUCCUUUGCUGCCAAAUGCUAUAGAGGUCGGAGGGAUGCACGUGCACAACUCGCAAGCAGUUAUAGAUAACAAAAUACGUAACUUUCUCGACGGAGCAACGAACGGAGCUGUUAUGAUAUCGUUAGGAACCAACGUGUCAUGGAAAUCCAUAGAAUUGGAUAAACUUAAAACUGUUAUACUGGCUCUAUCAAAAUUAAAACAAAGAGUGCUUUGGAAGAUAGAACUUGAUAUACCACUUGAAAUACCUGAUAAUGUGAUGGUUGUUAAGUGGGCGCCUCAAAAAGAUAUCUUGGCUCAUAAAAAUAUAAAAGCAAUUUGGACGCAUGGAGGUCUCCUCAGCACGCAAGAAGCUAUCUGGCAAAAUGUACCAAUAAUCGGGAUGCCUUUCUUCACGGAUCAGAGGGUCAAUAUGCAGAUCCUAGUGGCUAAAGGUGCUGCUGUACACGUAAAUGUUGAUACUUUAACCACCCAAACCAUUUUAGAUGCAUUCGACCAAGUACUCUAUAAUGAAAGUUACGCCAAGAAUAUGAAACAAUUGUCGAGUGAAUUUCGGGAUCGACCAUUGUCAGCGUUAGACAUGGCGAUUUGGAGCAUCGAGUACACGGUCCGUCAUCCGAAAGGGACUUUAGCAUCACCGAUUAAACUUCAAAGCUGGAUACAAUAUAAAUUGAUCGAUGUCUACGCGUUUUUAUUACUCUGCCUGGUCAUAAUUUUAUCUAUCAUAUUCUUUACGUUAAAGUUAUUAUUUAAUUUUUAUCAUCGUCAUAUGUACGCAGCGACUAAAUCGCAUAAGAGUAAAAAGAUGAAAGCGUCGUAAUUGUAAGUACAAAGUACAAAAUAAUAACUACAAAGUACAAAAUAAUAAGUACAAAAA